AUGAACUUUUUCUAUGCUUACAAUGAUAAUAAAAUAUNGGCGAUACUGUCGGCCGGGCUAAUUGGAUUACAGGCGAAGGGCGUAGCCCUUACGAAAGUUCCAAAAAUAAAGUUUCUUAUUAUUAUUGGUGGGGCAAAGUUUAAAUCACAAUCAGUGGCUGAGAUUGCAUAUGCUUCUCCGAUUCAAUGCCCCAACCUCCAUUUUUUAGGAGAGCAAGACUUUUUGAAGCCUUAUGGAUUGCAACUCUUGGAAUCCUGUGUGGACCCUGUUAUAAUUAAUCAUCCCAAGGGUCACACAAUACCCAGACUUGAUGAAAAGGGUUUGCAGACGAUGUUAAGCUUCAUCGAGAGGAUUCAAAAGAUGUUGCCCGAUAAAGAAGAAAAGUAACUACAUAUUCUUAGAUGAGGUUGCUUGACUAGCUCAAUAAAAGAAUAUGAUUUGAUCUCAAAGGAUACCCAUAUUAUUUCAUGAGUUAUUGUCCUUUACAUAAGAAUUUUACUUAAAAAAGAGGUGUAUAACGUUAAAUCAUCCUAUUUAUGAUGAUCAGAAUGAUUUUUGUAUUAUGUAUUCCAUUUCAUACGCUGCAAUAUUCAACGAAGAAGGUAAAAAUUCAAAGUACUAACUAUACUUUAU